CACAUGUCCUAAGGUGGAAGGUGAGUAAGUAAUUCCAUCACUAGUGAGCUGCCCCACUGAACUCAGCUGCCAGCACGUGCCUAAAGGGCCUUAGCAUCCGGAACUAAGUCACUUCACAAUCCCCUUCGCAGGGAGGUGAGGUCACCAGCGUUCAUCUGCCGUUUGGACCCUUUGAUGCUACCUGAAAGGUGGUCCUUGUUGGCGACAGAUGGCAGACUUCUCAGUAUCCCUGGGAUCGCUGAUGCAAGCACCUCUGCCCAGCAGUGUCUUCUUCCUCGCCCACUUUCUCCUCUUCCUUCACCCUGCGGAUGUGAGCCCAGAGGACAUCAAGGUGAUAGGCCCUGGGGAAUCCAUCAUGGCCCUCGUUGGGGAAGAAGUGGAGUUCUCUUGCCACCUGUCACCGUACCAGAACGCAGAGCACAUGGAGAUCCGCUGGUUCCGCAGCCAGGCCUCAAACGUGGUUUACCUGUACCAGAAGCGGCAGAAACCCCACGAUCUGCAGAUGGUGCAGUUCCGAAACCGGACCACGUUCGAUGACCACGCGAUCGCUGACGGAGGCGUGGUCCUACAUCUUCACAGCGUGGUUCCAGCAGAUGAGGGCCAGUACGGGUGCCGCUUUCUGUCCUCGGAGUUUUCUGGAGAAGCCAUCUGGGAGCUGGAGGUAGCGGGCCUGGGCUCAGACCCACACGUAUCCCUUGAGGGCUUCAAAGAAGGAGGCAUUCAGCUGAGAUGCAGCUCCCAUGGCUGGUACCCCAAGCCCAAAGUUCAGUGGGGAGACCACCUGGGACACUGCCUUUCUCCAGAGUCUGAAGCCAUCAUCCAGGAUUCUCGGGGCUUGUUCAGUCUGGAAACUUCUGUGAUAAUCCAUGGGAGAGCACACAACAAUGUGUCCUGCUCUAUCCAGAACCCCCUGCUGAGUCAGAAGAAAGAGUUUGUGAUCCAAAUAGCAGAUGUAUUUUUGCCCCGAACUUCACCCUGGAAGAAAGCGUUCCUGGGGACCCUGGUGGCCCUCCCCCUGCCCCUGGCUCUUCUCGCCGCGCUGUGUCUGUACCAUCUCCACAAGCAGCGCAGUUCUCAAGAAAAGAUGAAGAAGCAGGCAGAGAAGGAUCAAGGAAGAUUGGCUGCACAGCUGGAGAAACUUCAGACUGAGCUCGACUGGAGAAGGACUGAAGGCCAGGCUGAGUGGAAAGCUGCCCAGCGACAUUCAGUGGACGUGACCUUGGAUGCGGCCACGGCGCACCCCAGCCUGCAGGUCUCGGAGGAUGGCAAGAGCGUAUUCGCGCGCCCGGACCCGGCCCCGGGCGCGCCCAGCCCGGCGCCGCACGACCCGCGGCGGUUCUCGGGGCAGACGUGCGUGCUGAGCCGCGAGCGCUUCUCCGCCGGCCGCCACUACUGGGAGGUGCACGUGGGCCGCCGCAGCCGCUGGUUCGUGGGCGCGUGCCUGGCGUCCGUGGCGCGCCCGGGGCCCGCGCGCCUGAGCCCGGCCGCCGGCUACUGGGUGAUGGGGCUGUGGAACGGGCACGAGUACUUCGUGCUGGACCCGCACCGCGUCGCGCUCACCUUGCGCGUGCCCCCCCGCAGGCUGGGCAUCUUCCUGGACUACGAGGCCGGGAAACUGUCCUUCUUCAACGCGUCCGACGGCUCCCACAUCUUCACCUUCACCGACACUUUCUCCGGGGCUCUCUGCGCCUAUUUCAGGCCCCGCGCCCACGAUGGCAGCGGGCACCCCGAGCCCCUGACCAUCUGCUCCUUGUGGGCCACGGGGGCCCGCGUCACCGAAGAGAAUGACAGCGACACCUGGUUACAGCCCUAUGAGCUCUCGGACCCCUCCCCGGGUCUGUGGUGAGGCGCUGUCCCCUCCGGGGCUGGACUGGCCAGCAUCCCUUGGAGCCAGCCAACAGCGCGGGGCACCCGAGAGGGGGCUCAGAGAAGACCCCGCCAGGGUGGAUGAGUGUAUAAACCUUCCCUAAGGAAACCGGGGGCCCUUGCCAAGGCUCGUCAGGGUAUAUUUUUAGGAUUCCGUGAGGUUGACGCUGCUGGCAACCGGGUGCUCACGGUGGGACGUAGGGGAAAAAAAACAAAACAAAA